UCCCUCGACACCCCUGCUUCAGAGUGGUUCCCCUUUUUGGAACCCGGAAGGGAAGGGAGGUGACUGGUGGGGAACCCAGACCAGACCUUGAAGGAUUCCUUACUUAGCAACGCUAGUGCCGCCAUCGCUGUUUAAAAUCUGACCCCAAACCUACAACCCAAAUUUGGUCCAGGUGCAGCUGCCACCUGCCUCGUGAGCACAGAGACAGGCAGCUCACUCCCACAGAACCACUUGUCCUUCAGCUCAGCACAAAAGUGUGAACGCCACCAUGACCUCCAAGAAGCUCAUGAACUCGGUGACAGGCUGUGCUGACGACGCGCUCGCAGGCCUGGUGGCCUGCAACCCCAACCUACAGCUCCUGCAGGGCCACCGGGUGGCCCUCCGGUCCGACCUAGACAGCCUCAAGGGCCAGGUGGCACUGCUGUCGGGUGGGGGCUCCGGCCACGAGCCCGCCCAUGCCGGUUUCAUAGGGAAAGGGAUGCUGACUGGGGUCAUCGCGGGCGCCGUGUUCACCUCCCCAGCUGUGGGCAGCAUUUUGGCAGCCAUCCGGGCAGUGGCCCAGGCAGGCACAGCGGGGACCCUCCUCAUCGUGAAGAACUACACGGGGGACCGGCUGAACUUCGGCCUGGCCCGGGAGCAGGCCCGAGCGGAGGGCCUCCCCGUGGAGAUGGUGGUCAUUGGGGACGACAGCGCCUUCACGGUUCUGAAGAAGGCAGGCAGGCGGGGACUGUGUGGCACCGUGCUCAUACACAAGGUGGCAGGCGCCCUGGCUGAGGCUGGUGUGGGGCUCGAGGAAAUCACCAGGCGGGUGAGCGAGGUCGCCAACGUCAUGGGCACCCUUGGGGUGAGCUUGUCCUCCUGCAGCGUUCCUGGCUCCAAGCCCACCUUCGAGCUCUCCACCGGUGAAGUGGAGCUGGGCCUGGGUAUCCACGGGGAAGCUGGCGUCCGGCGGAUCAAGAUGGCCACAGCUGACGAGGUCGUGAAGCUGAUGCUCGACCACAUGACCAACCCCUCCAACGCGUCCCACGUGCCUGUGCAAUCAGGCUCCUCGGUGGUGCUGGUGGUCAACAACCUGGGUGGCCUGUCCUUUCUGGAACUGGGUAUUGUUGCCGACGCUGCUGUACGCACCCUGGAGGCCCGCGGGGUGAAGAUUGCCCGCGCCCUGGUGGGCACUUUCAUGUCUGCACUGGAGAUGGCUGGUGUUUCCCUGACCCUCCUGCUGGCCGACGAGCCCCUCCUGAAACUGAUUGAUGCUGAAACCAGUGCCUCAGGCUGGACCAACACGGCAAAGGUCUCUGUGACUGGGCGCACUCGGAGCCGGGCUGCCCCCGCUGAGCCCCCGGAGAUCCCCGACUCCACUGCUGCCAGAGGGUCAACAUCAAAGCGGAUGGUGCCGGUGCUGGAGCGGGUGUGCAGCACGCUUCUGGGCCUGGAGGAGCACCUGAACGCCCUGGACCGGGCAGCCGGGGACGGCGACUGUGGCACCACCCACAGCCGCGCGGCCACAGCCAUCCAGGGUUGGUUGAAGGCGGGCCCGCCCCCCACCAGUCCCGCCCAGCUGCUCUCCCGGUUGUCCGUGCUGCUGUUGGAGAAGAUGGGUGGCUCCUCGGGGGCGCUCUAUGGCCUCUUCCUGACGGCAGCGGCCCAGCCACUCAGGACCAAGACUGAUCUCCCGGCCUGGUCUGCUGCCAUGGACGCCGGCCUGGAGGCCAUGCAGAGGUAUGGCAAGGCUGCCCCCGGGGACAGGACCAUGCUGGACUCGCUGUGGGCUGCAGGGCAGGAGCUACAGGCCUGGAAGAGCCCGGGGGCUGACCUGCUUCAGGUGCUGACCAAAGCUGUCAAGAGUGCCGAAGCUGCAGCUGAGGCCACCAAGCACAUGGAGGCAGGAGCCGGAAGAGCCAGCUACAUCAGCUCGGCACGGCUGGACCAGCCAGACCCGGGGGCGGUGGCAGCCGCCGCCAUCCUCCGCGCCAUCCUGGAGGUCCUGCAGAGCUAAGCCCUACCCAGCCCCUCUCUGCUGGCUGUGGUGGCCACCAUCCUUUCCCUCUGCCCUGGACCCUCACCCCGCCCCCGCCCCCUGCCCACAGCUCCAGAUCAAGACAAAGCUGAGGAGGUCUAUGUGCCUGCAGCACUGCCCUCCUGUUCCUUUCAUGGAGGAGCGGGGUGGGGACCCUGAGCCCCUGGCAAUGCAAGCAAUAAACCACAGUGGACAGCA